CGCGAACCCUACGCCUUUGAUUGGCUAGUUUGGUAACACGUUUCCGUUCGUCUUCCGCCAUUCCGAAGUAAACAUGGAGCGGUUCGAGGAGAGACUUGUCAAAGAAGUUAGAAAAUAUACACAUUUAUAUGAUACAUCAUCACAAUAUUACAAAGACAAUAAUAUGGCUGCCAGUUCGUGGCGCGAAAUAUCGUCUAGUAUCGGUUUGGACGUCCUCGAAUGUAUGAAAAAGUGGAAAAAUGUGAGGGACAAAUACGUUCGUCUGCGGAAAAAAAUGUGCAGCAAGAAGAGCGGUGAUCAUGGAGGGCAAAAACUACCUGCAUUUUAUACUUUUCUCUCCUGGUUGGCACCACAUGUGAAGCAUAGAGAGACUGAGUUAAACUGCAUCGAUAAACAGGACGGCGACACGGGAAGCAGCACUUCAUCAUCACCGCUUUCACAAGAAGACAUAUCCCAGCCCCAGGAGCAGAGUUUUUCCUUCACACCUGGCCGACAAAGCCCACCAUGUAUUCCCCUUUCUAGGACAGCCACCGUAGAACCGUCUACUUCAAGCAGUGCAGACAACAGUUCUGUGUUCACCAGCCCAGCUAAAAAGAGAAGUCGAGAUUUGGAAGACUGUGGCUUAAAACAGCAAAUGGUAGAGCUUGAAAAACGCAGGUUAGAACUCGAGAAGAGACUCUUUGAAGAAAAUGAUGAUCUCACAAGGUUUGCCCUCUCAAUGGCAGACAUGCUGAGAAGGUUGCCAGAACAAGACAGGCCACAUGCCAUGUUUGAAAUACACAAACUCCUGUACGAGAAGCAGCUGCGUUGCAGCACAGCAUUGUAACACUGACGCACUUGUUUGGCUUUGAUCUUUGUUUGGUACAUUUUUGCAAGUUUGUUUAUUUUUAUUACUGGCAUUUUUAACCUGUUGGUCAUUGUUCUUGCUUUAGUGUUAUUGUUAUUCUUUAUAACUAUGCACAUUUGUACAUAAAGUACAAAAGAAAAGUUUUAAGAAGUUUUAAUAUAAAACCCACUUUUUUAUACAUCUGCUACAAGCCUAUGUGCUAUUUGUUGUUUUCUAAAGAAACAUCUUUAAAUUACAUCUUUUUAAAUUCUCCAGAUUAAAAAUUGGAGCAUAGAGCAUGGUUGGCAUGAUUGCAGGCAGAGGAUUAGUUUGAAAAUGUUUUACAAAGACAGUUAAAAAUAAAAUAAACUACAAAAUUUUAGUAUAUAUAUAUAUAUAUAGUAUACACACACAGACUAUAUUUUAAUAACUAAGCAAACUAUAACAGCAGCUUCAUAAUACUUCACCUGACAAUUUUGGACAGCAGUAUUUUUAAGGGUACUUACACUGUUGGUACUGGCUUCUGAGAUCAAUAUAGUAUGUUCAAAAUUAACUGUAAAACUAUAAAAGAAAUGGUUUCUUACAAGCAGAGCUAGGCAAAACUGACUAUUAUUAAAUCACUAAGCACGAUGGAGUUAAUGUAACAAUACAUAACUGUUUUUGUUUUUUGAGUUAAAAUGUUUUUUGAAACUAUUCAUGUCAGUGUUAAAAUAGAACUCCAUCAAUUCUACUAAAAAGCAAGAGAAAAUUAUAAGUUUCAAAGUUGAAAACUGCCCUGGCUCAUUUCUCAAGUUUGCAUUUUCUCCCCAUACCGGUGUGUAGUUUCCUUCCACUUCAAAUGUUGUGCUGGUUAGGUUGACUGAGGACCAUAUGAGUGUGGGCAAGACUAGUUCCCAUUUUGUGCCCAGUGCUGCAGAGACAUUUCAAAUUACAGGACAAGUUGCAGCCUGGUCUGACAUGUCUGGUGGCAGAACAUUUACAAGAAAAGUUGCAAUUAUUCAAAAGCAUUUUUAGAUUUUGAAAUUCUCUCUGCAGAUGUUUUACUAAUAUGCAAAAUUGAAUUUGUUGAAUGCUUGAAAAUUUGUGUUAAAAGAGUUGAGAUACAAAGAUGGACUGGCCUUAAGUUUCUAGAUCCACAGAAGUGAGAGUUCUGUAAAUUAAUAAAACUGGUGUUGUGGGCAGAGCCUUUAGCUAUACAGCACCCAAACUCUGGAGUGACCUACAUUACCAAUGUUAAAGAUGCUCCAUUACUCUCCGCAUUUAAAUCAAGGCAGAACCCUAUUUAUUUUGAUGUAUCAUACUCAUAUAUGUGCUGGUGACAUUAUUACAUUUUCCUCCCUUAAAUUGUUUUGUAAUGUGCUCAUUGUUCUAGUUUUAUGUUGUUUUUUGUUUUCCUUCUUUUUUCAGUGGCUUGCCUUGGAGUGUGUGGAUUAUCAUAAAUAAUGGACUUACUUUCAAAUGGUUUAUGUUCAAAUGAAUUUGCCGUUUGCCAUUUGGAGUGAUCUUUGUGAGAAUGUGACCUGUCUUAGUAAGUCAUAAUUUGAACUUGAACCACCCUGUAUAUAUGUAUUUGGAGAUACUGCAUGGUGUUUUUUUGCUUAUAAGUUCCAGCUUAUGUGUAACUGUUACAAAAGUAGCACCUACUGCAAUGAAACGUGUGUGGCUGCAGACAUAUUUUGGGCAAAGCACCACAAUGAUCCCCCGUCUUAUCAUAUUUGGAAACAGCUAUCAAUUUUAGCUGAAGACUUCAGCACAGAUUUUAAAUCUACUUUAAAUCUCCAUCGGGUACUUCUUCGAGAUAUGUAUGUUUAAGGAAUUUGAACUACAAGUAGCCACUGACCCUCCACAUCCAACAAUAACUUACAACAGCACACAAGUCGUUUCAAUACUUGAGCUCAAAUUUGCUGCCUAUGAAAGCAGCCACAAGUCAUUGCUAUGAAAAACCACAUUUUAUGUAGCAUACAAUAAUUCCAUUCUAUUAAUGCUGUUAUUUUUAAAUAUGACCAACUGUUAAAAAUCUGUAAUAAAAUUUUAAUAACAAGCUUUGUCUAGAAGUGUCUAAAAGGUUUAAAAAUGCUCCAACUUUUAAACCAGAUAACCAAGUUUCCAAAUGCACCUGAUUGUUACUUUGUGCAUAUUAUUGCUUUUAUGUUGUUAUGUUGUUUUUUCAAGCUAUAUUUUUAAUUGUUGUACAGUACUGGACUAAUAAUUGGAAGUGCAGUUAAAAAGAAUGAAUGGGACUGAAAUGAACUAUAAAGCUGAAAUAAGAAAUAUUGAGAACAGUGCGUAAAGGAGCUGUUUAAUAAAUUGGCAACUAAGCACUUGGUUUUUAGAAAAAAAAAUGUAUUGUAAUUUCUUAUUUCCGCUUUUUUAUGACAGAUAAACUAAAUCAGGUACAUAGCUAAAUGUUCACCCUUGAUUUCGUUUAGCUUUGUAGCGUAUUUUUGUGAAACUAUAAAUAUAAAGGGACAGGCCUAUAGUUCUUCAAACUUUUCUUCAUGGUCAAAAAAGUAUGAUUCUACAAUAACUUUUCUUUAAUAAGCCAAAAUAAAACUUAAAUUCCAACAAUAACACUUGACAAAAGAACACCUUAGAACAGUUUCUUUUAAAAUAUUUUUAUUUUAUAUACAUAGUACACAUUUGUAUUGCAGAGUCUAAUUAGGAUAGUAUGUCUAUAACCCAAGGUGUCUAACAGUUUAUGAUAGUUUUUUUGAAUUAAAAGUCUUGAAGACAUAGCUACAGACACAACACCUUUGCAUAUUUUCCAUUUUAUAAAGGUAGUAAAGAUGCUCAAAUGCCAAACAACAGUUGACCCAGUAAAUUUCUCUGUGCUUUUUUAGUUUAGAUAACUGGGAAGUAAUUUUAUAGAUGUAAUUCAGGAGCAACAAUGUUCAGCAGACAUCAGCAGUGUGAUCAAACGCUGGAGCAAAACAAAUGGCCAAGAGUGUUAUGUUACAUUUAUAUGUUUAGACUAGACAAAAUACAUUAAGCAAAACUGUAGCUGCCUUACAAAGUCAGAACAAUUUGUUAAUGAACAAUGUCAUGGAUUUGAAACAUGUUCCAAAGCACACUGUUUUUUGGCUACUGGAAAUUUUAAGAAAUAAAGACUGAUUUCAAAUA